AUAAUAAAAUAUGAAUGGGGAAAAUUUUUUAAAAAAUUAUGUACUAUCUCGAGAUUCUACGGAAAAACUUAAAAUAAUUAAAGAAAAAUUAAAAGAAGAUGUAAAUCAGGCUGAUCCUUGGUGGCAAAUUGUAAAUAGAAAGAAAGCAGAAAUAACAUAUAUGAAUGAAGAAGAAACCUUGAAUGAGAGUAAUGAAAAUUGUAGUGAUAUUAUAACUGAGACAUCAGAUCAACUUUUAUCCACGCAAUUUUAUUUUACACAAUUUGACAAAUCCUUUCAAAAUACUAAACAAGAACAUGUAAAAAAUUUUGAUAUAACAGAAUAUCUUUUGGAAGGAUUAGAGUGUCCUAAUGGAAAGUUGGAUUUAAAUCAAUUAGAAAAUUUAACAGAUAUAGAAUUUAUAGAAAUAAUUUGUAAUUUAGAAAAAAAAUUAAGUUCAUUGGGUAUAUAUAAUUUAUGUUAUACUAUGAAUAAUAUGACAUUGGAACAACGUAUGAAAUAUGCAGAAAUACUUCAUACUCAUUUAUUAUUACCAAAGAUUAUUUCUUUAAAAGAACCUACAAGAUCACUUGUGUCUGUUUUAAUAGAGUGUACUAAAAAAUUUCCAGAUGAUAUUCAGAAAUUAAUUUUUAUUCCUCUCUUAAAUAUUGAUUUAAUAGAUACAACAAUUAUUAUUGCUAUAAUAAAUGCUUUCGAAUUUGAAAGGUAUAUUGUUCUUAUAACGGAGUAUUUAAUGAAUGUGAAAGAAUUAAAAUCAUGGCAUAUUUCUUUUUUACAAAUUUUAAUUUCUGCCAAAAUAGAUAUUUCCAUGAAUAACAAACUUAUACAAUUAUUACAUGAAAAAGCAGGUGAUUUUAGCAAAGAUAAAAAUUUUGGAAAGUUUGUAUUAUCAUUUAUAAAAUCAAAUAUUAAAUUUUCUAAUGAACAAAUACAUUUACUAUGGGAAAUAGGAAAUAUUAAUCAAACAUUAUUUAAAAAACCUAUACAAAAUAUAUUAAAAUCUAUGUUAUCUUUGUAAAUAUUAUAAACAGUAUAUUAUGAAAAAUUAUAUAUGAUAAAUUUUAUUUUUUUAUUAUAAAA